AUGGCAGGACGUAUCGUUCCCAUCGCAUUGGCAGCGAUUAUGGGCGUAUCAAUUGGAGUAGCGACUUUUGAUGGCGAGUUCAAGAAACAACGACUCGCACGGAUGAAUGAAGAGUACCAACGAGAGUUGGCUGCUGCCGCUACUUCGAGUGGAGUCAACCCUAGCCCCGCACAGCCUCAGCUCCGGGCUAACGAAGAAACGAUUGCCUCCCAACCGCCUGACAAUUCCUGGUCGAACAUGCUAGGUUUGUGGGCUUGGAAGAAAGAAGCGAAGAAAGAAAUAGUGCCUGCAAAGGCAGACAUUGAAGAAGCGAAUGGGAAGCCUUGA